UCAGAGCAUCACAUCAAACAGAGAGAUAAGAAGAAAUGGUCUUUCCGAGGGAGUUCAGCGUUUUUAUCGCUUGUGUGGUCCUCCUCAUUGUCCAGUCAAGUCAUGGUUCUGAGAUUAUUGGUGGGAAAGAAGUGCAGCCCCACUCGCUGCCUUUCAUGGCUUGGAUGGAGAGUCCAUAUUGUGGAGGGAUCCUGAUCGAUCCAACAUGGGUCCUGACUGCUGCCCACUGUGUUAACAUUAAAAAUGUGUCUCUGGGGGUGCACUCCAUCAAAGAAAUGAAAAAAGAUUCCACGCAGGUCCGCAAGGUUAAGCGCCUUGUUCCUCAUCCCUGCUAUGAUGCAACAGAUAAGGUCAAUGACCUUAUGCUGGUCAAGCUGGACAAACCGGUGAAGCAAACCAAGACAGUGAAAGUUCUCAAGUUGGGUAACACCGUCAAAGAUCCAGCAGCUGGCACCAACUGUCUUGUGGCUGGAUGGGGAAAAACAAACAACGUUGCCAAGACAGGGUCGGAUGUCCUGAUGUCUGUCAAUGUGACUGUGAUUGACAGAGUGAAGUGCAACUCUCGUGAAUACUACGGCCUUAAACCUGUUAUCACUAGCAGCAUGAUAUGUGCUGGAUCAGAUGGCAAAAAGAGUGCUGAUACUUGUCAGGGUGACUCAGGAGGACCACUGCUGUGCAAUGGAGUGCUCGUUGGUGUCACUUCAUUUGGAAAGAAGUGUGGCCUGAUAAAAAAGCCUGGAGUGUACUCUUUUCUCUCAGAAAAACAACUAAAUUGGAUAAAAACAGCAAUGAAAAAGUCUGAAAUAUAAUGAGACUUCCCUGUUAAUCAUUCAGUGUUCUUGACCAUGUUAACCAUUUAAACCACAUCUCUCUAUUUACUUUAUGUUCCAUUUACUUUAUCCUCAGCUAAAGUCUUGUGGAAAGAUUUUGUGAUGAAGGUUUAUUCUUGGGCAGGCCUCAGUAUUUGCUCAUUUUAAUCCAUAAUAUUACUGCUUGAAAAUUACAUUUUCUACUGUUUUAAGGGCAGAGACAAACCUAUUGAUUUAGUUUUAUUUGUACUAUUGGGUCUUUCACAAGGCAUCCUCAUUACAGUAACUCAUAUUUUCAC